AUGAGUGGAAGUGUCAGCCUGCGCUCACUUGAGCACACUGCACUUUUCUGCUCGCGACGCCGCGUGCGGACAGUCAGUCUGUUUCCAUCUCCCAUGGCCGCCAUGGCCAGGAACACUUCCGGCCCUGUUCCGUUCACGGACGUCGACGACGGCACGGUGCCGAAGCGCCCAGCCAAGGAGGAGUUCGGCGGCCUCGUCGCAGCGCUGCCGCGGAAGCAUCAGGCCGGCCUGGAGCUGCGCCUGUACCAGGGCUUCUGGCUGCCCGACCACUGGGUCGCCGGCACCGUCGUCUUCCAGCGGCGCUUCGCCCCACGCCCCGACGACGUGAUCCUGGCCAGCUACCCCAAGUGCGGCACCACGUGGCUCAAGGCGCUGGCCUUCGCCACCAUGACGCGCGACGCGUACCCGGCGCCGGCGCAGCACCCGCUCCUCCGCCUCAACCCGCACGACUGCAUCCCGUUCCUGGACGAGAUCUUUGCCGACGGGCAGGAGGCCAAGCUGGAGAAGCUCCCGUCGCCGCGCCUCAUGAACACGCACAUGCCGCACACCUUGCUCCCCGAGUCGGUCACCGGCGCCGCCGUCGCCGGCUGCAAGGUCGUGUACAUCUGCAGGGACCCCAAGGACAUGGUCGUGUCGCUGUGGCACUUCCUCCGGCGCCGGCAGCCGGAGCUCCCGUUCGCGGAGCUGUUCGAGCACGUGUGCGACGGCGCCGUGGCCGUCGGCCCGAUCUGGGACCACGUGCUCAGCUACUGGCGCGCGAGCCUCGCGCGGCCCGACAGGGUGCUCUUCCUCAGGUACGAGGAGCUGCUGCAGGACACGGGCAAGCACGUGAGGAAGCUGGCGGAGUUCAUGGGCCGGCCUUUCUCGCCUGCCGAGGAGGGCGCCGGCGCCGUGGAAGGCGUGGUGGAGCUGUGCAGCUUCGAGAAGAUGAAGGGGCUGGAGGUGAACAAGAAAGGCUCGGCGGGGGCGUACCACGCCAUGCCCCGCGACUCUUUCUUCAGGAAAGGGGUCGCCGGCGACUGGGUGAACCACAUGACGCCGGAGAUGGCGACGCGGCUGGAUGAGGUUGUCCGUGACAAGUUCCGCGGCACGGCGCUCGCGGCUCCAUGA